AUGGACCUCGUCGAGGCGCUGGAGCGCGCGGGACGCGCGCCGGACGACGCGGCGGCGCUGGGGGCGUCGGUCUCGGGCGCGUGGAGUCUCUUGGCGUCGGUCGCCGCGGACGACGCCGCGGAGGAGGCGAGACGACGACGCGAGGGCGCUCUGGGCGCGGCGCUCACGGAAGCCUCAGGGAGUUCGGGGCGCUCGGUGGCGUCGGAAAAGUCGGAAAAGUCGGAAAAGUCGGAAAAGUCGUUCGCGCGUUCGAUUGGGAACUAUCAAGACAUCGACGUCGCCGCGGCGACGGUGUCCAAUCGGGCCGAAUUCGAAGGACCUUUCGGCGUGAAUCUCGGUGUGAAUCUCGCGGGAGAGUGCGCGUUCGAUGAUCCCGUCGCGCAUCCGACGCGUUUGAACGUGCGCUUUCGCUCGGUGGAGCUUCGAAUAGGGUCGCUGCCGCCGCUGCGCGCGUCGCUCGACUUUGUCGAUCCGCGCGGCUGGAUCGAGACGACCUACGUCGACGACGAUCUGCGCACGGGCAGAGGCGACAAGGGUUCGAUUUUCGUCGCCGCGCGUCGCGUCGACGCGUGA